UUUUAGUAAAAUAAUUGGCAUUUUCUUCAAAUUUAUUUUUAGUCCUCUAAAAAAAGAUCCUAAUUCUCUCUGUCCAAAAUACUGGAAUACUCUGUCUAUUUUCCACUACCCUUUAUAUUCUCUGAAUUCUUUCAAUACUUAAAAUUCAUAACCAUCUUUUCUUUCUCUACAUCUUUCUCACACUAGCUGUAAAAAUGAUUAAUUUUGUGAUUUUUCUGCUAAUUUUGGGAGUAAUUAGAACAGGGGUUAACUCCCAGAAUCUAAUUAGUACAAAUAAAUUGAGGUUAUUUGUUGAUGAACUUCCUGAUAUGCCCAAGUUAUUUGGGUAUGAAGUUGUUAAUUGAAAAGCUGUUCCUACUUCUUUGAAAAUUGGCAUGUUCCAGAAGAAUUGGAAAUUUCAUAGAGAUCUUCCACCAACACCGGUUUUUGCCUAUGGUACUUCUAAGAGGACGGCAACUAUUCCGGGGCCAACAAUUGAGGCCCUCCACGGCGUAGACACCUACAUAACAUGGGAAAAUAAUCUCCCUAAGAAGCACAUCCUUCCAUGGGACCCAACCAUACCAACCGCGAUCCCACAAGAUCACCAAGGGGUUCCUACGGUGGUGCACCUCCAUGGAGGGAUCGACGAGCCAGAGAGUGAUGGUCAUGGACACGCGUGGUUUACCAAAGGGUUUAAAGACAGAGGGCCUCGUUGGACUAAGAAUAUGUACCAUUAUCAUAACCAACAACAACCAGGAAAUAUGUGGUAUCAUGAUCAUGCAAUGGGGUUAACUAGGGCUAAUCUUUUGGCUGGAUUAAUUGGGUCAUAUGUUAUUCGUCAACCACAAGUUGAGGAUCCUCUUAAAUUGCCUUCUGGAAAUGAAUUUGAUAGGGUUUUGGUUGUUUGUGACAGAGACUUUUAUAGAAAUGGAUCCCUUUACAUGAAUACCACCGGUAACAACCCAAACAUACACCCACAAUGGCAGCCAGAAUAUUUCGGAAACGUAAUAGUAGUAAACGGGAAGGCAUGGCCAUACAUGGUGGUUCAACGUCGGAAAUAUCGAUUUCGAAUCAUCAACACGAGCAAUGCUCGUUUUUUCAGAUUCUACCUAAGCAAUGAUCUUCCAUUCAUUCAUAUAGGAUCUGAUUCAGCUUAUCUAGAUCGACCCACUACGAGUAAGACUAAGCUUGUGGCUCCCUCAGAGAUUUCUGAUGUUGUUAUCGACUUUUCGAAAUCGAAAUCAAGCGUUGCUGUGCUUGCUAAUGAUGCUGCUUAUCCUUUUCCAUCAGGGGAUCCUGUAAAUGAUGUAAACAGCAAGGUGAUGAAAUUCAUCAUUAAAGAUCACCAUGUAAAUGGCCCGAGCCACGUACCAAAAACGCUAGUCAAGUACCCGUCACCAAAUUUAUCAACUGCUUUGAAAACGCGCUACAUUGCCAUGUACGAGUACACAAGUCCAUCCGAUGAACCCACCCAUCUCUUCAUCAAUGAUCUAUCAUUUGACGCUCCAGCAACUGAAUUUCCUAAGGUUGGGUCUAGUGAAGUAUGGUACAUUAUCAAUCUAACAGAGGACAAUCACCCGCUUCAUGUCCAUUUCGGGUUAUUUAAGGCGUUGGAGCAAACAAAAUUGUUGGAUUUUGAUAAGUUUCAAGAUUGUAUGGUUAAGAAGAACAAUGCAGAAAAGUGUAACGUACACAAACAUGCACGAGGUAAGAAAAAACCUGUUCCAAGGCAUGAAAGAGGUUGGAAGAAUGUGUACAAAAUGAAGCCAGGGUAUAUGACCAAGAUAUAUGUGAGAUUUUCUUACAUCCAUUCUAAUGUAUCCUACCCCUUUGAUGCUACCAAGGAGCCUGGUUACGUCUAUCAUUGUCAUAUACUAGAUCAUGAAGACAACGUCAUGAUGAGGCCGUUUAAGUUGGUAAAUUAGGAUUUGGAGGACGACCUGAGAUCUCAUUUUAUCACAGAUUAACAGAGGAAAAUUACUUGGUCAUAAAUCUAAAUGGCCCCCCAAAUCAUCAACUAUACAUGUCUUCUUUGAACCAAGUCAAAUUUGUUUGUACAAGUAUGUAUGAUGUGGAAUGACAAACUUCCAUACAAGGGUUUGUGUACAAUUGCAACAAGCUAAAUUAAUUAGUGUAAAUCAAAUAAAGAAUUGUCAAUUUCUUCAAGGGGUGACUUUAAUUAAGGUGAGUGAGACAAAUAAAAUAUAAGUAUAAUGCAAAAUAUACUUAACUAGUUGUUAUACUAGCUAGAUCUAUUAGUGUGAAACAAUAGUUCAAAGAGUUUUCUUAUGCUUUUGUCAUAGUGAGUACACUAUUUUUGUUGUAUUAGUAAGUAAACAAUAUGUUUAUCUUCGAAAUAUCUUUGGAAAGCUCUAAAUGUCUACUUUGUAACCCAAUUGAAAUCAGGUCAAUAUCUUUUCUAGAUUAAAAGAUAUGGUUACAAUAGUGCAA